AUGUAUGCUCAAAGAUAUAAUUAUGCUCAAUUUUUUGGACCUAAACCACAACUUGUAAAAAUAAUUUUUUUGUUCUUAAAAAUUUUCCCCCCUAUUUUUUCAAAGGUUCAUUGUCCAACCUGUGACCAAAAUACAAAAACUAAACUUAAAUAUGUUGUCAGGUCGGAUGCUUGGUUGCAUUGUAUUUUGAUUGUAUUUGUUGGGUUUCUUGUUUGCUUAUUUAGUAUUCUUUAUAUUGCCAAUUUUAUUGCUAAAGGUUAUGAUAUUUCUAUAAUCAUUCCGCUUGUUUUUUUUCUUAUUUUUGGGCUUUUUUUCAUCGCUUUUUCGCCAGCUCCAUUUUACUGGAAUCAUUAUAAAGAUGUUGAACAUUAUUGUAGUGUUUGUGAUACUUAUAUUGGCAAACAUGUACGUGACAUGCGAAGGCCUAUAGUUAUACUACCACCAGAAUCAUAUAAAAAUCUACCAAACAGACAAUAA